AUGCCAGAUCCUCCCGACCUGCCUUUAUUAAAGCACUUGGAGGAGCGGAGGGUCAUCCUCCUGCUGCAACACGGGCAGCGUCACAGGAAGCUCCAGCAGGGCGGUCCUACUGCUGGCUGCGUCCGGUUCCAGGGGCUUCCAUCCACCUCCACGCAGCCCUUCUGUCUCAGCAGAGCUCCCAGGAUCGCGGCAGCAGAGAAAGAGUGUGAGACCUUACACUCGCUCGUACAGGCUCUGGACCAGAAGCACACGGGGCCCUUCCUCCCGUGGCCAUCAGGCAGCCGCAUCACCCAUGUGACCGCGCGGAGGCAGGAGUGGGACCUUCCUGUGGGCUCAGGAGGGAGAGCAGAGCCAAGCACGAGAGACACCAGACGUCUGUGCGUUGAGAGCACGGACCAAGCUCUGCUCGACGUUCACCGGAGCAGAAAACGAGGGAAGCCUGGGGAGUCAGAGGAGCGCAUGGGAAACAGCGCCAAUGCUCUGCAGGCUCACUCUGCACCAGCGUCUCCCGAGCCUCAGCCGCAGCAUCCAGGUGGUUCCAGCACCGGCCGCUCCCCAGUCCUGGGGGGCCAGCCGGUGCAGCGGUGCCUGUCCUCUCUGGACGUGAACGAAACGCUACCCAGCAAGGUGCGGAGUCCAGCCUUCCCAGAGGAUGCGGAGGAACUGCAGGUGGCAACAUGA